AUGAUCUUCGCUUCCGAUAACAUCAAAUUCCUCUCUAUGAAAAUAUUCGCGCCGAUUGCUCAAACCGAUCGCAAACACAUCAGCGGCUCUAGAAACAUCGAGAUCCUCGAGUCCGUCAUCGCCACUGGCGACGACCGCAUUUCUCCCUGGCAGAGGAGCCACACACCACCAUCUCCAAGGUCCUCUGAAGCCCAGGCCAUGUCAUCAGCAUCCGCAGCCUGGGCAGGUCCCAGGACCAGCAGGACAUGGUUGGGUUACGGUGA